UUUGUGCAGAGACAAGAGCCUGUGUGAGUCAGCAUAGGCCAAAGAAAAGCUUCAGUAUAUUAUCAGACAUCUGACUUUAUUAGACAUGAAAGAAUGAACAUGGGAGAGAGACCCUAUCCAUGCCUUGAGUGUGGAAAAAGUUUUAGUCAGAGCUCAACCCUCAUCACACAUCAGAGAAUCCACACUGGUGAGAGGCCGUACACAUGCCCUGAGUGUGGGAAAAGCUUCAAUCGGAACUCACACCUCAUCACGCAUCGGAGAAUCCACACAGGAGAGCGACCUUACACAUGCUCUGAAUGUGGGAAAAGCUUCAAUCGGAACUCAAACCUGAUCACACAUCAGAGAGUCCACACAGGAGAGACACCCUACACAUGCUCUGAGUGUGGGAAAAGCUUCAGUCAUGGCUCAGCCCUGAUCACCCAUCGGAGAAUCCACACUGGAGAGACGCCCUACACAUGCCCUGAGUGUGGGAAACGUUUCAAUCACAGCUCACACCUCAUCACACAUCAGAGAAUCCACACAGGAGAGACACCCUAUGUGUGCUCUGAGUGUGGGAAAAGCUUCUGUCGGAGAUCUGCUCUUAUCACACAUCAGAGAAUCCACACGGGAGAGAGACCCUACACAUGCCCUGAGUGUGGGAAAAGCUUCAACCACAGCUCAAACCUGAUCACACAUCGGAGAAUCCACACCAGAGAGACACCCUAUACCUGCCUUGAGUGCGGGAAAAGCUUCACCCAGAGCUCACACCUCAUCACACAUCGGAGAAUCCACACAGGAGAACGCCCCUACACAUGCUCUGAGUGCGGGAAAAGCUUCAAUCACUGCUCAAACCUUAUCACACAUCGGAGAAUCCACACAGGAGAGACGCCCUAUAUAUGCUCCGAGUGCAGAAAAAGCUUCAAUGAGAGUUCAGACCUUAUUCGGCAUUGGAGAAUCCACACAGGAGAGAAACCCUACACAUGCUCUGAGUGUGGGAAAACCUUUAACCACAGCUCAAACCUGAACAAACAUCGGCGAAUUCACACUGGGGAGACACCCUAUACCUGCCUUGAGUGCGGGAAAAGCUUCAGCCAGAGCUCACAUCUUAUCACACAUCGGAGAAUCCACACAGGAGAGCGGCUCUGCUAG